AUGUUGAAGGUAAGCUACUCACAGGCGGCUCUGUCACACCUGAGCGUGGCCAUCACUACCAACCCUCGCACAGAUCUCAAGGAAGUCGACGCAACCAACAUAAAAGACCAACUACAGAAGGCCAUCUUCACUGUAGCUGGAAACCACUCCGCCAUUCCCUCACAGCUACCCUUCGCCCCAGAAUUCUUGAAGAAGCACCGCUGUCAUCCUGCA